GUGGGCUACGUCGGUCGUGGCCGGAAAAAUUGCGUUUUAUUUUAUCGCGUAAACUUUGAUUUCUCAAACAAACAGAAAGAAUAAGAAACUUUUUUUUGUUGGUGUCGCCUUUUGGUUCGAACUGAGAAUAUAAAGAAUUUAAAGAAAUAAAGAGAGGAAUAUUGAAAAUAGAAGAGAUGGUUCGUCGUUGAAUUGAUGAUUGAUUGAAUCUUUGAUUUGUUAAAUGGCAGAGAACAUUGAGUCGGAGGAGCCGAUGCAGGCGUUAGCCAGUUUGCAUUUGGAGGAGAAUGAGUACGAUUUCAAUCCGAAGAGGUUGAUCCCGGGGCCGCCGCCUCUGGGGAAUCUGAGCGGCAAUAUGCUGUCCGUCGAGUACCUGGGGAACCUCUUCGAAGUGGUGAACGCGCAUACGGAGAAGAGCGUUCCUCUGGAGGUGGGUCUCAAGAGCGGUGCGUUCCUGGUGAAUGGAACUAUGAACGCCACGGAUCCCGGCUACAUCCAGGAGCUCUUCUACAGGCACACCAUGGCCAUGACUGCGGUCUACUGCGUAGCCUACUUCCUGGUGUUCGCCGUCGGCAUCGUCGGUAACUUCUUCGUCAUCGCCGUCGUUUUCCGCUCUCCGCGUAUGCGAACCGUCACCAACUUCUUCAUCGUGAACCUCGCCGUCGCCGACAUCCUGGUGAUCGUCUUCUGCCUCCCAGCUACCCUCAUGUCCAACAUCUUUGUCCCUUGGGUGCUUGGAUGGUGGAUGUGCAAGACCGUCCCAUAUAUACAGGGUGUUUCUGUUGCCGCCUCCGUCUACAGCCUAAUCGCAGUAUCUUUGGAUAGGUAUGUACUACAGUUAUAA